CCCCUCUUCUCCGCGCCCGGGUCCGCUCUCCUCUUACCGGUACCGCCAGCUCCCGGGGGACACCCCGAGGCGCCCGUCCCGCUCCCACCUGCGACCACGGGGGUAGCCCGGGGCCGUUCCGGAGUCGCCCGGACCCGAGAGGCUGCUGCACCGGGCCUCAGCCACCCCUCCGGAUGCUGGUGCUGCCGUCGUCCCCCUGCCCGCAGCCCCUGGCGCUUCCCUCCGCAGAGGCCAUGGAGGCCCCGCCCUCUCGGACAGGCAGGUCUCCAGAACCCGGACCUUCCUCCUCCACCGGACUUCCCCAGACUUCCUCCUCUCCGAGGCCCAACCACUACCUGCUCAUUGACACCCAGGGUGUGCCGUACACCGUGCUGGUGGACCAGGAGCCCCAGAGACAGCCUGGCGCAGAUGGGACAUCCGCUCAGAAAAAGUGCUACAGCUGCCCCGUGUGCUCCCGGGUCUUCGAGUACAUGUCCUACCUGCAGCGGCACAGCAUCACCCACUCGGAGGUGAAGCCCUUCGAGUGUGACACCUGUGGGAAGGCAUUCAAGCGGGCCAGCCACCUGGCUCGGCACCACUCUAUUCACCGGGCCGGCGGUGGGCGACCCCAUGGCUGUCCGCUCUGCCCUCGCCGCUUCCGAGAGGCGGGGGAGCUGGCCCAGCACAGCCGGGUCCACUCAGGGGAGCGCCCGUUUCAGUGCCCCCACUGCCCGCGCCGGUUUAUGGAGCAGAACACGCUGCAAAAGCACACUCGGUGGAAGCACCCAUGAGCUAGGCUGCGGGG